AUGACUCUCCUCACAGCCAUCGGCCUCCGCCGCAAAAACGACUGGGAGCCCCUAACCCUUAUCGACGCCAUCCUUCUCUCACCCCUGAACCUCCUCGUCACAAUCAUCUAUAGCAUAAUCCUCUUCCUCCGCGGUCGACCCUUCACUCCGCCCCGCGACAAGCCCGCCAUCCGCAUCGUCUGUCUCUCCGACACCCACGACCGCACCGACGUUGACAUACCCCCGGGGGACCUCCUCAUCCACGCCGGCGACCUCACCAACGCCGGCACCGUCGCCGACAUCCAGGCCCAGCUCGACUGGCUCGCCGCUCAGCCUCACCAGCACAAGAUCCUCGUGUGCGGCAACCAUGACAGUUUCUUCGAUCCCAGCGCCCGUCUGCCCGAGGACCGCGGCAAGAGCCUCGAUUUCAAGGGGAUCCGCUAUCUCAUCCGUGAUGCCGUCACGCUGGAGUUCAAGGGUGGCCGUCACUUGAAGAUCUAUGGUGCCCCUGAUAUCCCGACCUGCGGCGGUUCAGAAAUGGCUUUCCAAUAUGAUCGUUCAUCACCGCCCUGGACCAACACGGUACCAAUUGACACUGACGUUUUGAUCACUCACACACCACCAGUAAGUCUCAUCUCAUCUCAUAUUACUUCAUUUCACUUCAUCUCACCCUCUCCACCUGCGAAAACUUCCUCAUCUAACACAAGUCCCAAGAAAACCCACCUAGACCUAAACCUAGGCUGCCCAGCCCUCCUCCAAGAAGUCUGGCGCGUCCGCCCCAAACUCCACGUCUUCGGCCACGUCCACUGGGGCCACGGCCGCCAGACCGUCCACUUUGACGACUGCCAGCGCGCCUACGAGGCCCUCAUGUCCCGCCCGCCCCGCGGCCUCUUCCGCGACCUCUUCCCCCACGCUGGCUGGCGGGACGCUCUCGCCGUCCUGGGCUACGGCAUACACGGCAUCGUCUGGAAGUGGCUCAUGGUCGGGCCCGGCGGCAACACCAGUAGUCUCAUGGUCAACGCCGCGCAAAUGUACGGCAACACGGGGCGGCUGGGGAACCCGGUGGAAGUAGUGGAUUUGUAA